AUGGGGUGGUUAUGGGGAGGCAGAAGAGGGGUAAGCUGGAGAGAUCAGACGGUGGAGUCAAUCACGGCGCCGCCGCUGCCAUUAAUGGUGCUUUUCGGGCUGGUGGCGUUUUUCAUGUGUUUAUCUACGUACUUGGACUUCAAGGCGCAGGUGGCGAGGACGAAGAGCAGUUUAAGGAUGUUUGUGUUCUUGGUGCCUUUGCUGGUGGUGUUGUUGGUGUAUAUCAGGCUGGUUAGCUACCGGUUGUUCUAUCCGUAUGGGCGGCCGGUGUACCAGUCGGGCGGCGGUGACGGCGGGAUCGCGCCGUGGGGGUUGGCGGUGCUGGUGGUUCUGCUUCUUGUCAUGGUUCAUUACCAGGUUUCCAUUCAGUCUAGCUGGUUUCCACUCAUGUAA